GCGAGCUCUGUCGCAGCCAACCUGGAAAGUCCGCCUGCCUAAAUACUUCACUUUCAUUUUCACUCUUUGUGCUGAGUAACUGUGAGCGUCUUUCCUCGUCUUGCAUUGCCCAGAGGCGAACAUGGCUUCUAUGGAUAUUCGCCCCGAGUCGAAGAAGCAGGUGGAUGACUUCUGCCAGCAGCUCACCAAAGAGGCCGAAUCCCUGGUUUCGACGUUUUUCCCACAGAAGAUUGCAGAGCUGGAGAUGCUGUUGAAGAGUUCUCUCAGCGUCGACAGCCUGGAAUCCCUGAGGGCUCCGCUGGACAUCCCGAUACCAGACCCGGCUAAAGAGGAGGCCAAACGCAAGAAGAAAGAGGAGCGAGAGGCAAAGGAGGGGAAGAAAGACAAGGACAGCGAUAAAGAAGAUGAAGACGCAGGGCCUCCCUGUGGUCCCAUCUGCUGCAAUGAGCGCGUGGAGAGUCUGCUGCAGGAGGUGAAGCCGGAGAUCCAGACUCUGAAGGAGAAACUCAACACGGUGUCUAUGUGGGUGCAACUCCAAAUUCCUAAAAUUGAAGAUGGCAACAACUUUGGAGUGGCUGUACAGGAGAAAGUGUUUGAGCUGCUGACCAACACGCGCACCAAAAUCGAGGGAUUCCAAACUCAGAUUUCAAAAUACUACAGUGAGAGAGGUGACGCUGUGGCCAAGGCGGCCAAACAGCCCCACGUGGGAGACUACAGACAGCUGGUUCAUGAGCUGGACCAGUACCAAUACUGUGAGCUUCGCCUUGUGGUCCUGGAUAUCCGCAACACAUAUGCUGUGCUGUUUGACAUCAUUAACAAGAACUAUGACAAGAUUAAGAAGCCAAGAGGAGACUGCAAGGCUCUCAUCUACUGAGGCCGACUUCUACACGCACACACACACACACACACAGAUCUCCAACAGAUAUGCUUUCAGCUGAGAUACAACUAGUGUUGUGUGACACUCUUAUUAAGUAACAAUACACCUGCUCUUGUCAAAGUUUUCGUUUUCUUUUUCACUUUGCAGUACGACUGUUAACAUUUUUGGUCAAAUUACAAAUAAAGCAGUGUGAUUAUCGUAA